AUGAAGGCCCUCCUCAUGCUGGCUUGGUUCCUGACUUGUAGUGUGCAUACUGUGCCAGGGAGCUUGUUAGACCUGAAGUCAAUGAUUGAGAAGGUAACUGGAAAGAAUGCCCUGAUGAACUAUGGUUUCUACGGCUGCUACUGUGGCUGGGGUGGCCACGGGACCCCCAGAGAUGGCACUGAUUGGUGCUGUUGGGUGCACGACGGCUGCUAUGGGCAUCUGGAGGAGAAAGGCUGCAAAAUCUGGACCCAGUCAUACAAAUACAGAGUUAAACGGGGCUUUGUCACCUGUGAGCCCGGGCCCUUCUGCCAGGUGCAGCUCUGCGCCUGUGACCGGAAGUUCGUCUACUGCCUCCGGAGAAACCUAUGGAGCUACAACCCCAGCUACCGAUACUUUCCCAACAUCUUCUGCUUCUAGCAGUCCUCAAUGAGCCGCUCCUGGGCCAGCACCUUUGCUGUCUUCUCCUAGAACACAGAGUUCACUGACUCUGCUUUUCCACAGAGAGGCUCCCAGGUCUUGAGCCUCAUUCUUUCUUGAUGGUCCACUGUGCCUGGAGGAGCCCUAGGGCCACACUUCACCUUCCAGAUAGUCCCACAAGAGUGACUCUGGUCCUAGGACUUGGCAAGGCCAGAGUCUCCCUGGGCCUCCACCUUGAGGGCAACCCCUCUGGAACCGAGAAUUCUCCCCUGAACUCCAGGCCAGCUGUGUCUCCCAUCUCCUUGCACAGCAGUGUCCUUUGUCCUGUUGAAAGACUAUC